AUGGAGGGGACUUCGGUUCCGCCGAGUAUCUCGAAAAGCGUCCCAACAGGGCGGGAUGAGGCCUUGCGGAACCCCGACGAGACCCAGCCUUCCGCGCUCCGUUCUUCCCUGACCCUCCUUUCCCCCCCCUCCCUCCCUGGGAAGGGCAAGCCCAUCCGCAAGGUGGGGUUUCUCCUCAACCCCCAACAAGGCGAGCUCGAGAUGGUGCCGGCCUCGACGGGGCCCUCGGAGUGGCUGGCGACGUCCGGCUCCCCUUUGCGCGAGGCCAAGUCUCCCUUAUGGCGAAGCCAGGAGUUGGAGACCUUUCGCGAGCUCACCCUGCGCUGUGGGGAGAACUUCGCGCGGGUGGCGAGUGAGCUGGGCUACGAGGUGGUCCCCCAGGCCCCACCCUCGACGCCCGAAUCCGCGACGCUGAAUCGGAUGGGGGCCGUGGGGGAGGGCGGCGUUAGCGGUCUAAGUAUCUUCACAGAAGGGGCGGACGAGAGAUCCCAGGGGGAAAUGAGCUUCCUCACCCCUGACCUCUGCAGCUCGACAGUGAAUCCGGUUGAAUGCAGGGAAACAGCCGGUGGGAAUUUUUUUCCGCGCUUUUUGCCAAUAGAACAGCACUUCAAACCGUUAGGGCAUUUUGGGAAGCUUCGUCAGUCUUUGCUUUCCUAUGAUGCGGAGUAUGAGUGCAACGAUGACGUGGGUAAAUAUCCAAAUCCGGCACCGGCGCAGCUGAUGUCCUCAAAUCCUCUCUGGCGAGGAUCCAAGAACGAAUCUGCAAGUGAUUGUAGUGUAAGUGUUGCUGAUGAAAUAGCAACAGUCCCUUUUAUCACUCUUCCGCUUAAUGAGAUGAUUAUGACUGUGGAGGGAAACAUCAGCCUUGGAUCUCAGCGCUUUUCUUCAUCCUCCACAUUUCAGACGUCUCGGGCAGUGAGCACUCCACGUGAGAUCACUGUACAUGAUAUCUUUACUUCUCCCUGUGUUGGAGAUCAUUUAUCAACUGCUUACACUAUGAGGCAGUCAAAUUCAUCAGUGAAUGAGUAUUCACAUACUAGGAACGAGUCUCGUUCCGAGUUCGACCCGUUGUCCGCGGUUAAUCCUAUAAUGUUGUUUGAGAAUUAUGGUGAUUCAGAAUAUGGACGUGAGGAUGAGCAAAACAUAUCUUCUCGUAAUUGGAGUCCGAAUAGAGAUUUUGGUCGUAAUCAUGCACCGCAGAGCAUGUCUCCGAACCCUCACCCUGAGGACUCCUUGCCAGAUGUACACCAAACUUCAAUGACGCAGCGCAAUCCAUUUUUUAGUCGUAAUGGAGAUCGAGGGAUAACGACUUUACUCAGCCAAAAUCAUACCAUAACACCCCUUACACCAUCUUUAAACGAACCCCUUUCCGUUUCGUCUGCAUCGAGACCACAUAUAUGCUAA